AUGGAUUCUGCAAGCCUCGAUAAGAUCAAAGACUUGGAAUGGCCGUUUCGCGCCUCCCUCAGCAAGCAAGCUGCUGGCGGGACUCAACUCAAUCUCCCAUGGAGCGCGAGGUACAUCGCGCCAGGCACAUCGUUCAAAUCAGCAUUGGUCAAAGCGCCCGAAGGCCCUUUCCUAAAGCCCAGUCCGUUCGAUAGCAAGAGCCUGGAGGAAGCGGCAUAUGUUUUUGAGAAAAACGACCUCCAAGGAAGCUUCAUGGAAGCCACAUCGACGUCAAGCGGCUUCAAUUCCGAACAUCUCAGCGUCAGCUUGGGUAUCACUGUCGGUUGCUCAUUCUUAAAUGCCAGCGUGUCUGGACGGUACGACAAAAGUCUUCUGCAGAAUUCGGAUGCAUACAAGACGUCGCAGCGAGCCAGCGUCCGGCGAGGUCACUUGUCGUUCCAGAAGACUCCCGCGCUUUCAGCGUCUGCUCUACAGACACUGGAAACCGGAGGCCUUGCAGCCUUCCAGGAGAUUUAUGGCGAUUACUACGUGGCCGGGAUUAACAUCGGCGCGGAUUCUGGUGUGCUCGUCAGUCAAUCAUUAGACACAUCCUUAAAAACAGAGUCCUUGAGUGUCACAGUCUCCGUGAAGGUCAUCUUUUUCACCGUCAGCCACACUUGGACCCACGAUGAGAGGGAGGCCCUCAGGGACUUCAAAUUCUCGGUCACCGGCUUCAGCACUAUGCGAGACAUGCACGUGGAGCUCGCCGCGGCGGCAGGAGCAUCGAUCUUCACCAUGCGGGAGGCUGCCUUGCGAUUUGCCAAAAUAAACAACACGCUUGAUGUGAUAGUUGACCGGGCACUGGAGAAGUAUGGGUUGACGGGUUCAGGAGUGGUUGACCUGGAUAACUUUGCAAACAUAUGCAGCUCCGGACUUGCCGUGGAGCUGGUCGUUCUACCGUACACAUCACUGAGACAGGUUGCGAACUUUCUGAGUUAG